AUGAAAGUAGACUUAAAUGAAAUAUUCCAAAAUUAUAACUAUAAUGAGACGGUGAAACAGAUAGAAAACUUACGUAAUACUAUAACUAGUAAGGAGGAUAGUAUAAAAGAGUUUUUGCGAAAAAAAAGUAGUAAUGUUAUUAAUAAUACUAUUAAGAUUAAGAAUAUAUACUCUAGUGUAUAUAAUAUAAAAGAUAGUUUGGAUAAUAUAAUUACAAGUUAUGAAGAUUUAAUUGAUGAUGUUAAAAAUACAACAGCUGUUAACUUUAAAGAGGUUUCAUCAUCAUCUUAUAAAAAAGAAUUAUCAAAUUUUGAAAAGACUGUUGUAAAGGAUGUAUGGAAUAAAAAAUAUGAAAGUUAUGAGUUUUUAUUUCAAAACUCUUUUUUUGAUUUAUUAAAUAAUGAAGAAAAUAAUUACUAUGAUUUUAUGAAAAAAAGUAAAGAAGAAUUAGUUAAUUAUGAUUGUUUUUAUUUAAAUAAUUAUACAAACAAUAUAUACUUUGAUAUUAAUAAAAAAGUGAGUGAAGAAAAUUAUAUAUAUGUCUUAAAUAAAAUAUAUACUGACAUAUUUAUAUGCUUAAAAUUUCUUAAUUCCCUUUUUAAAAACCAAAUAAUUAGAGAUAUUUAUAUAAAAAUAUUUAAUAGUAAAAAUUCAGUUAAAUACUUAAAUUCCUAUAUAUAUAAACAUAAAGAAAACUUUUCAAACAUUAUAUUAAAAUUGAUAUAUUCUUCUUAUUAUAAUUUAACUUAUAGUACAUCCACCAAAAUUAAAUUAAUCACAAAAUCAUUGAUUGUCUUGUUAAUAUACUGCAAUGAAAAAAAUGCACACACAAAUGAAAUAAUAAAAGGUGAUCUUUUUGAAAAUAUUUUGGAAAAUCGAAUGAAUCUAAUAUAUAAUUUAAUUGGUCAAAACCCAGAGAAAAAUGUAUCUUCCAAAUGUAUAGCUAACAUAUCUUUACACCCAAAUCAAGAUAUUUCCUUCGAAAGUUUAAAAAAUAAUUUUAAAAAAGCUACAUACUUAUUAUUAAAUACUAAAUAUACCUUGAUGUUGUUAGCACGUUUUGACCCUCAGAAAAUUCACAAAAUAUUGAAUGAAGAAAUUAUUUACGAUCCAGUUAAAAACAUAAUUAAUUAUAAUACACAAACUAGUUACAACAAUGAUGAAGAUAAUAUGGCAUCUUCAAGUGACAUAAAAAAUAAAUCGGGUUUAACGGAAACAAAUCAAAAUUUUGAAAACAAUGAAAAUAAUAAAUUUAUCCAACUUAUGAAAAAUGAUUUGUUUAUAUUACAAGAUAUAUUUUUUAAAAAUAAUAAUAAUAAACAAACUAAUCAAGUGAACAAAAUCAAGUCAUAUUAUAAUCACGCUAUUAAUAACAUUAACGAAAUAAACAACAUCAUAAAUAAAAAUGAUGUAGCAAAAUUUAGAUUAUUAUAUAAAAGAUAUACAGAAUGUGCUAUUGAUAUAUAUAGGUAUAUGAUAAAAUUAUUACAUGACUAUUACUAUAAAAAUAAAUAUAGUUGUAUAUAUGAACAUUUGUUCACAAAAUAUGAAGACAUAAAAAUGUUUCAAAAAAAAUUAAGACAAGAUAUAUUAAUAAGAGAAAACAAUUUUAACAAAUAUAUAAAUGAUGUUAAUAUUUGUAUAUAUUAUAAUAACAAUUUAAAUUUUAUUCAUGAUAGAAUUUUUGAAAUAUAUAUAUUUCUUUUUUUAAAUAAGUAUAUAUGUGCAAUACCAUUCUUUGAUUCAAAAGAUAUUAACAAAUGGAAAAUAAUAAUUUUAAAAUUUUUGAAAAAUUUAUUUCAUAAUAUAUCAUUGUCUUAUCAUAAUAAUAAUAUUAUUCAAGAUUAUAUAUUUUAUUCUUUUGUUUUAAAUUCAUUUUAUUUUUUUUAUCAAUUUUAUAAUAAUAAUGAUCUAGAAUGUGCAUACUCAAAAUUUUAUCAAAUCGAAAAAUAUUCAAAUGAGACUAACAAAAUUAAGGAAAACAAUGACAUGGAUUUAUAUCAAUAUUUUUUAAUAAAUAAAAAUACAUUAAAAGAUAAAAUUUUUCAUACAGAAUUUAAAGAGUUAAUAAAAGAAAAAAUAAACCCAUUAAUAUAUUCUGCAUAUAAACUGAUUAUAUUUAUAGAAAAUAAAGAAAUUAUAAAAAAUUGUAAUGAUACAAAUUUUUUGUUUAUCAGUACUGAUCAAAAUAAAGUGAAUUUUUUUAACAUAUUCAAUUCUUUUGUAAAUUUAUUGAAUGUUCCAAGUGAGGCCCAAUUUAAUUGGCAAAAUCAAAUUGAUGAAGUUGACAAAAAAAAUAAAGACAUAUAUUUCGAUAAAUUAAACAAAUUUGAUCUUCUAAAUGACUUUUUAAAAUUCAAUCAUGAAAUUUCUAAGAAUGUAAAUUUGCCACAAAAUGGAAAUGAUCAUAUUUUAGAUAAUGUACCAUUAAAUGGUAAUGGCAGUAUUAAUAAUUAUGAGGGUAUGGAGAAUAAUAUUAAUAUAUCAGAACAAGCUUCUACUAAUCAUAUAGAAAUAAAAGAAAAUAUAAAUGAAAAAGAAUAUGCCGAACUAUAUUUUUUUAUGAAUUUGUUCAAAUAUAAUAGUAAAAAAAGUUUUAAUACAUUUUUAGAUUCCUCAAAAGAUGAAAAUAAUAAUGAUACAAAUAGUGUGCAUAGUAAUUUUCUAAAAGACGAAGAAGAAGAAAGAAACUUUCUUGUAACGGAUAUAAAAAGCAUUUACUUUUCUUUAGUAUAUAAAAUGUUUAAAAUAAUAUUAAAAUGCUUGUGUAUAGAAUAUUUUAGCAACUUAGAAAAAUAUUUAUAUUCUUAUAUUCCGAUUUUAUUUAAUAAUGAUAUAAAAAAUAUAACAUGUGAAAAAGUGAACUGUCAUUUAAUAAAUAUAUUUAUGUUUUCAAAUAUUUUGAUAUUAUAUAUUGAAAAAGUUAUGAAUACAAAUAUGUAUAGAGAUAUUAUAAUUUUUAUUAUAAAAUUGUUAUUGCAAAAAAAAUUGUUUUUUAUUUAUUACACAUUUAUUGAAAAAAUAAAAAGAUUGUAUCUAUCGAGCAUUGAAAAAAUAAGCCAAGAUGGAUUCAGUAAAAAUAUUUUAGAUAAAAAAUUAACAGGAUUAUAUAAUAUUAUACUCUUGGAUUUAAGUUUUGCAGAUAAAAUAUUAGACAAAAAUACAAUAGUAAACAAAUCACUAUAUGAAAAUCUUAUUUCAAGAUAUCGAAGAAAUAAAAAGUACUACAUUAAGUCUUGCCUUUAUUUUAUUGAUAUAUAUAAAGAAAAAUAUAAUGCUUAUAGUGAUAAAAAAAUUAGCAGUAAUAAUAUAACAGAAAAUAAUAAUUUUUUUGUAAAAAAAAUUAAUAAAGAGUACACCAGUAAUGAGAAGGAAGCCAAAUAUAAUAGUACUUCUAGCAGUUUGCUCAAAAUGAUAAUUGAUAAUUUAUUAGUAGAACUAAAUAACUUCGAUAAUCUUAGUAACAUUAUUUUUCAAAAGCACAUUUUAUCAUUAUCUCAAAGCAUGAUUAAAAAUACUUACUUUUUAUAUUAUUUAUUUGUUCACGAUUCAAUUAUAAAUAAUACACUUAUAGAUAUGCUGGAGCCUAAAAAUUCAUCCAUAGAAAUUUUUACUUUCAAUCAGGUUCAUACAAUUGAUCAUUGCUUUAUUGAAGAGAAGUUACUCGAUUUUUUUUUUUAG